AUGGUAGGGAAGCGAGGAUGGUUUGAAUCCCUACAAACGACGUCUCGUGUGCCAUCAUCAACUUCUGUUGAGCAAAAUGACAAUCCGAAAGAAGAGUUGGAAUCGGGUAAAUUGCCAGCCUACAAUUCAUCGCUUGUCUAUAUCAUUAAUUCUUUACAACAUGCUUUACCGUCCGGACUAAAAUGCCUACAAGUUCAUACACUUUUUAAAGAAACUAUAACUUUGGCUGUUCACGUGAGUUCUUCAUUUUUUUUCGUGGUUUUUGUCCUCUGUAAUGAUUAUUUUCCAAAAUGUAGAGUUCGGGACGUUUAUCUGUGUUGCUGUGAGCAUCUGAAGAUGAAGGAGAGUAUACUGUUAGGCCUUGCGUCUCGUGUUCCUUCCGAAGGACUUGGUGGUGAUCGGCCACGUCAUGAGUACUACUUUUUGGAUUUUGACUCUAAGGUGGCAAAGUAUGGUCCUAAACAUUGGCGCUUUAGUUAUCCUUGGGGUCGUCCAUUUUUAGUGCUCCAUCUUCGUGUUCGUAUCUAUUUACCUGAUGCACAUACCAUAAGGUGUCCUGUAGUGCUUCAGUACUACUACCAGCAACUUAGAGAAAAUCUUCUUGAUCAGUGGUCAACUCCUGAGUCUGUAUCUGAAGAGCGUUGUUGGAAGAUGGCAUCUGUGGCUUAUGAGGCAGAUUCUCUAAAUGACGACCAGACUGAGAGCAAUAAAGCUCAGUAUUUCCCAUUAUGGGUUAUUAACACCCGUGGUCUAGACUAUGUUCGUCGGAAUUUGAGGAACAUUGAGAAUGAAGCUAUUCAAGAGUUUUGUGAGCAGGCAUCUAGCAGUCCGUUCGCUCUAAAUUGCCACUUGUAUGGUUUGAGACAGUAUAAAGUUGAUACGGUCGAUAACGCCUUUAUUGGGAUAAUUGGAUUAGAAAUGUCUGAUGUUGGUGACGACGGUGGACGAAAUUUGAGGCGGACUUUGCCGUGGGGAGAUAUUGUAUUAUUAAGCUUUAACAAAAGGAAGUUAAAAAUGCUAGGUGCUAAUGGAAGUUGUACUAGCCUAUAUGCACAUUCUGAAGAAAAAGCUCGUUAUCUAUUCGAAUUUUGUAAAAUUGUACAUCAAGCUGUUCUUCGGAUAAACCAAUAUUUUUACUCCUGUAGAGAAAGAUUUGAACGUACUAGUGAAGAAGAUCGAAAAGUGGAAAAGCCAAAUCGAAAUGACACCGACUUACGAUUAAUCUCAAGUGAAGAAGGAAUUUCAGUUAGCUCUCCGGAACCAAAUAAUGAAGAACCUUCUAAAACAAACGUGUUAGAAACUGCAGUGAGAAAGAUUUCCUUAAUUGAUAAUAUUCCUGCCGCUUCAGUUCCGGCUUCUGAAUCUCUUAUUGAGCAAGUAUUCCCCAAACCACCGCCUAUUGAUACCUCGUUAGGAAGGCAAACAACUGAGGCUUGCUCCUGUGAAAAGUUUGAAGAGUAA